AUAAAAACAAAACAACAAAAUUUCAAUUUUUUUUACAUUUCUGAAUUUAUUAAAAUGUUGCCUGAUCAAUAUAAAACUUUUCAUGAAAGUUUCAUGAUAAAUAAUAAUGGAACAACUGCUUUUGACACAUUUCUUUUUAUCGUUCCUUCGAGCUUUGCAAUUUUUUAUACAAUAACAAUAGCAGGAAUUUUAAAAAUCAGUUUGAAUAAUGUUCCAAUUCGGUUUCUUGUUGAAUUCUUUACGACAUGUGUGAGUCUCAUAUUAUAUCUUACAGUGUUUAGUGAUGCCAUAAGUCAAAUAGUACUUACUCUACUCAUCAUUACAAUUCCAAUGGCUGUAAGACAACUUCAAGCAAAAUUCCAUCUCACACCAUUUGUUCAAAUACCGUCAGUUCAUCCUGACUUUAUUACAGUCGGGAGAUCGGUAAUAAGUCUUAUAACUGCUGUUUGUAUUCUUGCUGUGGACUUUCAAUGCUUUCCAAGAAAACUAGCGAAAACUGAAAAGUUUGGCUUUGGUCUUAUGGACGUUGGCGUUGGUUUAUUUGUCUUCAGUAACGGAAUCAUUGUUAAACCAUCAGCAUCGGCAUUUAGUAAAAAGAAGUUUCAAAAGCUUCUUGUUGGUUGUUUCCCUUUAUUUAUUUUGGGAUUUUCACGUUUUCUCGUGACAAAAGAAAUUAAUUAUCAAGAACAUGUCACGGAGUAUGGGGUUCAUUGGAAUUUCUUCAUAACAUUGGCUGUAACGAAAAUAAUUGGAACAGUUAUCGAAGGAUUUCUUAAAACAACAGAUCAAAUCAAGUACGCGGCAUUAAGUGUUGUUAUACUUCAUGAGACAUUCCUACAGCUUGGAUUAUCAAACUACAUCUUGGAUGAUAAUAUCACAAGAGAUCAUCUGAUAUCAGCUAAUCGUGAAGGGAUUUUUUCAAUUCCCGGUUAUGUCGCUCUCUAUUUGGCAUCGAUUUAUAUUGGAACUCUUUUGAAAUCUGAUGGACGUGAGUCGAUGAAAGCAAGAGACGUCAUUCAAAAGGCUGGAAAGUUAUUCAUCAUUUCAUUAUUCUGUUGGAAGAUGAUUUAUGUAUGCAAUGGAAUGUUUGGUGUGUCAAGACGAACAGCAAAUAUGGGAUAUAAUUUCUGGGUACUUGCAAUCGGAUGUUUGAUGUUUUCACUCUUCAUGUUCACAGAAAUUUACAUUUACUACACAAACUUUAAUCGUCCACAAUGGCAACAAGUGGAACCCAACAAUAAAUCUCAACUUGAUGUGCCAGACUUUCAUGUUCCGUAUGUUCCACUCAUCCUUCAAGCCAUCAAUUAUAAUGGACUUGCAUUCUUUCUUAUCGCUAAUCUCUUCACUGGAAUCGUAAAUAUUUGCUUUCAAACGAUGUUAUUAAAUACACCAUUAAGUGUAAUCAUCAUCACAAUUUAUACACUUCUCUUGCAACUUGUUAUGGUUUUUCUAUUUAUUAACAAAAUUAAGCUGAAAAUUUGGUAA